UGUCGAGUACAUUAUUAUUAAAAACUAAAUCUAUCUAUAACCAUGAUAUGAGUUUCUCGUUGAAUUUUGAUCAAAUGGACAAUCAGAUGAUGCGAUAUAAAAUGUUGGACAUAUAACGGGUCUUGAAGAUUUCUCUCGAACAUAAAUAGUUAUUGGCAUUCGAUUGAACUCUCUAACAGGGUCGAAAAUCCAAUAUUAUAUAUGUUGAUGCUCCAACUUAGUGGGUCGAUACCCUUUUCGUAUGUGCUUUUUUUCGUUCGCUACGUGUAUUUUUAUGUCUUUCCCCCUUUUAACAUGUAUUAAGCGUUGCAGCGAUUUAUUGAAUUUCACUCGAUGUAUACAUCCGACUCUUCCCUCGCAACUUUAUAAUCAUCUUUAGCUGCAAGCGAGUAACUUUUACAUAAUAAAUGAUUAUCGAUACGCUUCGUUCAGGUCGAUUGUAAGCAUGCAAUUGUUAGUCAUUCGAACUGCAGAGCAAAACUGCGACUACUGGUCCUGUGUCGAGGUGCUGAUUUAAUGGUUUUGGCCUUUAAAGACCUUGUUUAUCCGCUAGCCUAGUGUAAUUAUACGAAGCGAUAACGUGCCACAUAAUUAUUGCGGGGGUGUAUUUUCAGUAAACCUUUUUGCGACCUCAGCGUAGCUUGAUAUUCAAAUUUGCUCGCGAUUUAGGCUUGCCGCGAUCGCUCACGGGAUAAUCUCGGUGAAUUUACCACGAUUAAUUUGCUUAUGUACAGGGAAUAUUCGUAUUUGACAAAGCAUUGACUACGUGUAUACGCGGCAAGCCCGGAAGUAUUAGAAUCCGCUGUAGAACGAGGAGGUCGCGUACACGCUUUCGGGUGCAAAAAAAUAUGCGAAUUUCCUAUAUACAAACGUUGGAACGGGAGAUCGAGGGGUGGGGCAGUAGUAGCAGCGGCAACAGCGGCGGCGGCGGCAGCUCUUUCACCCAGUUUCAUUUGACCCGAUACGCGAACAGGCGAACGCUAAAUUGCCUCGCACUAUAUACAUACACAUAUAGGGUAGAGGCAGCACUGGCUCUAUUUCCACGCGCUCGGCGUUGGCGCGAGUGCAGCAGUGCAUGUACACCAGAAGCAGCAGCAGCAAGAGAGGGAAAGAGAGAGGCGCUGCUCCUCAUUCGUACGACUCUUACGUCACUGCGGUAUAAUCCGAAGCGCAGGCGCGUAGAAAGCUCCGCUGCUACCACUGCUGCUCGUACUUGCAAAAUCGAUGGGGGGCUUGCGCGCACUCUGACUCUCUUUCUCUCUCUCUCCCUCGCGUGGGCUGCUUCCAUCGUCGUCGUCGUCCCUCGAACGCGGAUUGCGCGCGCCCCGAGAGUUUGGUCGGCCCGCAGUGUAGCCCUGCUUCCCGGACGAGGCCCCCGCGCGCAGUCCGACCUCGUUGACGGCCAAAGACGUAGCCGCCGCCGCCACCGACAAAACGUGCGCGUCGAUUCAACACACACACACGACAAGGAUCAUGUGUAGCAGUCCGAAGAGCCUCUAGUCUACUUGGGUAGAGUUGGCUGCUGCUCCGCGCCGCGCGAGUGACGCGAAAGCGACAAGAUGGGCAAACCAGUGCCGGUGGAGGACCUGGUGAUACCGCCGCAGGACGGCCGCAUCUGCGGCACCAUCUGCCUGUGCCAGAUGACGGCGGUGCUGUCCUCGGUCGCCCUGGUCUAUCUCACGGUGGCGGUCUACAUGCCGAGCACGCGGGCCUUCCAGUCGGGCAUAAGCGAGGUGCCGGCCAUGUGCACGACCAUCCGGGCGACCAACGCCGACAACUGCGACUGGGGCAGCUGCGGCGAGUGGUGCCUGUCCAAGACUUCGGGGCCCUGCGUGCAGAUACACGUGAAUCUGCGCCACAACGGCUCGUCCAUUCUGCUGGCCAACUGCACCAACACGACCAACAAGACGUGCUACGGCAUCGACCAGGAGAACGCCAAGAAGUCCAAGUGCAUCGCGGACGAGUGUCGCAAUCUGACGGGCACGUUCAACUGCACCAUGGGCACCUGCAUCAACAUAACGGACGCGUUCGAGUGCGCGUUCCACGACACCGAUCCGCCCCUCAAGUGCUCGGGCCGUCGCGGCAAGAUAACCUGCAUCGAGAUCGACGGCUUGUUCAAUUGUAAUCGGGGCACCUGCGAGAAGAUCAGGCCGCCCUACAACUGCGACCGGCGCUGCGUCGACAUACCCACUCGCAACAAGAACGUCAUACUGCUGAGCGGCGACAAAGUGUACUUGUCCUCGUGCGAGAAGGCCCUCGACAUGGAGAGCGAGAAGGAGAUCUGGAACGAGAAGCGGGGCGACGUCAUGAUGGCCUCCUGCUACGGCAUCUACAACACGAGUCUCGGCGUCGAGGCGGUCGACUGCAUCAACGGCUCGGUCCUCGAGAAGGACAUGCUCACGGACUUGACCAACUUCACGUAUCUGUCCUACCUGAACCUGUACGCGACCAAGCCGCUCGACGACACGCGCAAGUUCAUACCGCCCGAGAUGGACCUGAUCAUCGCCAACGAGAGCCGACUGCUGAUCAAUCUCGAGGGCUGCGUCAACACCCUGCGCGACGAGUGCAAGUUCUUCCUGCAGGAGUACGGCAAGGACGGCUCGGAUCACAACGCGCGGGCCCGUUUUCCCUGCUACUACGCCGACGGCAAGACGAGCAUCGUCGUGUCGCGCUUCGACCUCGAGUCCACCUACAAGGAGUUCCUCGUCGCGUUCAUCAUGCCGAGCGUGCUGUUCGUCGUCAGCUGUCUCACGCUCAUACUGUGCCAGCGCACCGUCGUGGUGGGCGACGACGCCAAGAUGCGCUUCAAGGGCACCCCCGGCGCCGCCCUGACCCAGUUGGCCCUCGAGAAGAGCGCCUCGGGCAAUCUCGUCGACGCCGGAGGCGGGGCCGCCUCCGACUCCGUCAUGGCUCUCUGAGAUCCGUCACGCAUUCCCCUCCUGGAAGAGAGCCCGGCUCGACAGUCGAUAUUCUCUCUGCGCGGGCACUACUGAGGAAGUGUUGGAAAAGUUGGGGGGUGGGGGGGAACGCGUGGUUCUUGUUCUUCU